AUGCUAGACAGCAGCUUCAGACGCAAUCCUACAAAGCUCCUUCACGCUCAAGAUUUCAUGCAGAAAAUCUUUGACCAGGGACACGCUGAGAUAGCACCUAAGAUUGCAGUAGAUUCUGAAUGCUGGUACUUACCAUUGUUCGGGGUCUAUCACCCCAGAAAACCUGAGUCUAUACGUAUGGUCUUCGACUCCUCUGCCGAAUACGAAGGACUAUCUUUGAAUGAAGUAUUGAUCAAAGGGCCAGAUUUGACCAACAACCUCUUGGGCGUUCUACUUCGCUUUCGGCGGGACAAGAUUGCUAUCACUGGAGACAUAGAGCAAAUGUUCUACAAUUUCAAGGUUACAGAGAAAGACCGUGACUUCUUGAGAUUUCUUUGGCAUCCCCGAGGUGACCUAAAUGCACCAUUGCAAGAAUACAGAAUGACUGUGCACGUUUUUGGGAACACGCCGUCUCCUGCAAUCGCCACAUAUGGGUUACGCAAAGCAGUACAGUAUGCAGAUAAGGAUGUGCAAGAGUUUGUUAACAAGAACUUUUAUGUGGACGAUGGGUUAACUAGUUGCACAAGUGAGACAGAAGCAGUCAGCCUAAUGAGAAGAACACAGAAGGCACUAAUGGAAGAAGGACAUCUUCGAUUGCACAAAUUUGCGUCCAACUCAAAGUCUGUUCUCCAGCAGUUUGACAGUGAAGACCUAGCCAAAGAUCUCAAACACCUUGAUUCUGGAUGUGACACGCUUCCAGUUCAGCGAAGCUUAGGAGUCUCCUGGGAUAUAGAAACAGACUCUAUAAUUUUUCAAGUCUCGGGAAACCUGAAACCCUUUACUCGCAGAGGGGUUCUAUCGACAAUCAACAGUCUUUUUGACCCUAUAGGUUUCACAGCUCCCGUCACCUUGCAAGGGAAACUGUUACUGAGGGAGAUUAUGUCAACAGUGAAACAGGUGGGCUGGGAUAAGCCACUUCAACACAAUUUCCUUAUCCGAUGGGAAAAUUGGGUUAACUCACUACAGCAUUUAGGGGAUGUUAAGAUUCCACGCAUGUAUGGCAGAUCCUCCCUGACCUCAGCAGAUAACUUCAGUGUCCAUAUUUCCUGUGACGCCUCCAAAGAAGCCAUCGCAGCAGUAGCUUACCUCAAAUUGGUCUCAGGGAAUACGACCGAUGUUGGUUUUUUGGUUGGAAAAGCGAAAGUGGCGCCGACGUACGGACAUACUAUUCCCCGGUUGGAGUUAUGUGCUGGAGUUCUUGCUGCUGAGCUGGCAGAAACUGUAGCAGAAGAAUUGGUCAUAGAUAAAAGUGCAAUUCGCUGUUAUUCUGACAGUAAAGUAGUUCUAGGGUAUAUCUCAGCCGAGACGAGAAGAUUCCAUGUUUAUGUCUGCAAUCGUGUCAGUCGUAUUAGGUCAUUCUGCAGUCCGAAACAAUGGGCCUAUAUCGCCACUGAAUCCAAUCCAGCUGACAUUGCUACAAGAAGUUUCAAAACUGAAGAGCUCCCUCAGAGUGAAUGGCUCAGAGGACCUGAAUUUCUGUUUGACAAAUUUGUUAGUGUGGAAGAGAGCUUCCCCCUACUUAAUGCUGAGGAUGACAUUGAAAUUAAGAAAGAAGUUGUGAGCAUGAAAACUAAAACAGAGACUAUUACAAAUUCUACGCAAAAGAUUUCAACCUGGAGUGAAAGAUGCGCUAGAUUCUCAUCUUGGCAGAUCCAACAUGAAGUGUAUGCAGAAGAAGUACAAGCAAUUACAAAGGGGAGUAAACCACCUAGCCACAGCACUCUUCUACCACUGAACCCAGUUUUGGAUCCUGACGGAAUCCUUAGAGUUGGGGGUCGAUUGAAACACAGUCCAACUGGCAGGUUCACAACUAAGGACCAGUGCCCCAUCAUAAUUCCGAAGGGUCAUCACAUUGCGGUGCUUCUUAUACGUCACUUUCACACGAGCAUACACCACCAAGGACGUCAUCUCACUGAGUCGGCUAUCCGUGCAGCUGGCUUUUGGAUUAUUGGUGGGAAACGUCAAAUCAUUUCUAUCAUCAGGAGUUGUGUCAUCUGCAAGAAACUUCGAGGCAGCUUCGGCUGGACAAAAAUGGCAGAUCUUCCUAGAGAACGACUAGAGACUGGCCCCCCAUUCACCUUUGUGGGGAUUGAUGUAUUUGGACCGUGGCCUAUUGUAUUCAGAAAAACAAGAGGCAUGCAGAGAAACCCAAACCGCUGGGCCAUAUUGUUCACGUGCAUGGUGUCUCGAGCUGUCCAUGUGGAGCUUAUUGAAGAAUUGAGCAGUGCGUCCUUCAUCAAUGCCCUGCGCAGGUUCACAGCUAUUUGGGGACCAGUACAGCAAUUCAGGUCAGACAGGGGAACCAAUUUUGUGGGAGGAACCAAGGAACUGAACUUAGACGUUCACUUUAUUGAGAAGGGUCCAGUAGCUAACUAUUUGCAAAGCAAUAAGAUUUCCUGGAUCCUCAACCCUCCCCACGCAUCACAUUUUGAUGGUGUGUGGGAAAGAAUGAUUGGUUGCUGUAGGAGAAUUUUGGACGCCUUAUUAUUGGAGAACAAACAUGAUUUGACACACGAAGUACUCUCAACUUUCAUGCUUGAAGUAUGUGCCAUUCUAAAUGCUCGACCACUUGUACCCGUUUCGUCUGAUCCGGAACAACCUGAAGUACUAGCACCUUGUCAGCUGCUUACACAAAAGAAUCCUCUACAUGACUUUGCACUGCCAAACUGUAACUUGAAGGAUGCUAUCAAGAGCCAGUGGAAGAGGGUGCAGUACAUGGCGGACAUCUUCUGGACACGAUGGCAUUCGGAAUAUUUACACCUACUCCAAACGCGACCAAAGUGGGAAUCGACCGGAAUCCAUUUCAACAAGGGUGACAUAGUUCUUCUUAAAGACAAUGAAGCACACAGAAAUCAUUGGCCAAUAACAGUGGUUGAAGAUGCGUACGAGAGCGAGGACGGUUUGGUCCGUAAAGUCAAAGUCAGAGUUGCUCAAGGAGACAAGCGUACAACCUAUGUCCGUCCAAUCACUCAACUCGUAAAGUUGUUGGAGGUUGAAUGA